AUGGACCUGAUCCACAUCACCGUCCUCCUGGCCGCCUGCAUCGGGCUGCUGCAGGGCCGAGCCUCAGAGUACCAGCUGGAGACAGAGACGCUGAGCCGAUGUGAGUUACUAAGGGGCGUGGCCGUUGCCGAGCAACAAGGAGACGUCCCUCACUGCGCUCACGAUGGGGCAUUCAGGCCUGUGCAGUGCAGUGGGCGGGGUCAUGAGUGUUGGUGCGUUGAUGCUGAAGGUCACGAGGUGGUCGGGACUCGAACCAACAACUCUGCUCCUCACUGCCCGUCUCCCUGCCAGCAGCAGUCCGUGCUGCAGUGUUCUCCAUCCGGCCUCUUUGAGUCUGUUCAGUGUGAGUCCAGCAGGGGGCGGUGUUGGUGCGUGGACCAGGACGGCAUGGAGCUGUACGGGACCCGGCAGACCGGGCCGCCUUCCCGCUGCCCCGGGCCCUGUGAGGUGAGGGCUCGCCGCCUCCUGCACGGCUCCCGGUCUCACACGCCUCCUCAGUGUGCCGCGGAUGGGAGCUUUCUUCCGGUGCAGUGUGGACUCAUUAACACCACAGACCGGGCGGAGCUGGACCUGCUGCACACCUUCAACAGGUUCCCAGAAGCCUUUGAGACGUUCGGUAGCUUCAGGAAGUUUUUCCCGUCUGUUUCAUCGCUUUGCUUCUGUUCAGAUAGUAGAGGACGAGAGCUGGAGAACACGGGUGUGGAGCUCCUCCUCUCUAAGGUGUAUGACUCAGCGUUCUCUGGGCUCCGGUCCGGUCGUUCCUUCUCUCAGACCAACGUGUACCGAGUCCUGAAACGGAGGAUGCUGGGAGUCCAGCUGGCCACCAGGGGGCACUUCAGAUGUCCCUCUGCCUGCGAGGUGGAGCGGAGGGCAGCGAUGGAGACGUCGAGCAUUCGAGUCCCGUCCUGUGAGAGCGGAGGAGCCUUCAGCCCCAGGCAGUGUCAGCUGGGGGGGGCGUGCUGGUGUGUGGACCCCACCGGGAGGGAGCUGCCUGGGACCCGGCAGGCGGGGGACGCCCUGGUCUGCAGUUCCGGUCUGGCUGGCUGUCUCUCUCAGCGCCGUCUGGCUCUCUCCCGGCUCUUCUCCGGUCCCGUUGAGCCUCCAUCCCGGACCUCCUCCAUCAGGUCCUCCUGCCUCUCCCUCCUCCGGCCUAUCAGGGAGCUCCUGCCGGUGGAGGCGGACCUGACCUCUUUCCUGUCCCGCCUGGUGGAGGUCCUGCACGGUGUCUUCCCCUCAGUGGGAGGGGCUCUGAUGGCUCUGGCUCGCUCGCCGCCCCGUCGCCUCCAGGAGAACCUCUUCGGAGGAAAGUUCCUGAAGAACGCCGCCUCCUUUAACUUCAGCGGAGCAGUGGGAGCUUGGGGAGCUCUCAAUCCGGACCAACUCGCGUCUCAGAGCGCCGUCCUCCAGAAGAACCAGAACCUAGUCCAGACCAUCAGCAGAGCUCUGGAGGACCCGGCCUUCCUCUCGGCUCUCCAACACACACUGAGGACCAGCAGCAGCUCACACUCAUCCUCACUGCAACAGGUUCUGGUACCUCUGCUUCGGUCCUGCCCCCAGGACCAGGACUCGUCGGCCAUCUUUGUUCCCAGCUGCCGGCCCGAUGGUGGUUUCCAUGAUGUCCAGUGUGCGGCCGCUGUGUGCUGGUGCGUGGACGCUUGGGGUCAGGAGGUCACGGGGUCGCGUACCGCAGCCGGUCAAGCUCGAUGUCCGACCCGCUGCGAAGUGCGGCGAGCGACCGCGCUGAAGGUCAAAGGAAACAUGGCCGCCGGCGCCGAGAUCUACGUGCCGGCGUGCUCGGAGGACGGGGAUUUCCUGCCACUGCAGUGCGCCGGGUCACGGUGCUUCUGCGUGGACGGAGAGGGGGCGGAGUCUAACGGCUCACCGGGCGCCACCGUCACCUGUCCGGAGAGGCCGACCAAGACACUCCGCUUUGCAGGUCGCUGCUCUCGGGCGUCCAAUGAGGUCACAGCAUUCAGACAGGAAGUGCAGAGCCUCGUCUCUCUCUCUAACUCCUCCCACCUAUCUCUGGGAUACGGAUUCCUAUUGGCCGAAGGUCUGCGUCUGACCCCGGAGGAGCUCCUGACCGGCCAAUCUGAGGAGGAGCUUCGGAUCUCUGACGGGCUGCUUGGCCGCUCCAAAGCGGCUCUGCGAUUGGCUGCUUUCUCCGUCGUCCAGAUGUUCCGGCCUCCUCAGCGUCGCUACCAGCCUUUCACGCCUCAGUGUGACGCUGACGGAGAAUGGAUACACACACAGUGUUACCUCGGCACAGGUCAGUGUUGGUGUGUUGAUGAAGACGGGGAGUACGUCUCUGGCUCUCUGACCAGCCGCUCAGUCCAACUGACCAAAUGUCUGACUCGCUGUCAGAGAGCUCAGUCUCACACGCUGCUCUCUGGUUGGAGGAAAGGAUCUGACAUCAUCACCACGUCAUCGUACCGACCAGAGUGUGACAAGGACGGGCGCUUCUCGGUGCUGCAGACAGGUGGCGCUGCAGGCUGGUGUGUGAACCGUGUGACCGGAGAGACGAUACAGACGGCGACGCGGAGCGCGGCAGGAGAUCUGACAUGUCCCAGCUGGUGUGAGCUGCGAGGCCUUCAGUGUCGCCCCGACGGCUCCUUCGUGCCGCUGCAGUGUGAUGUCAAUUCCUGUUGGUGCGUCUCCGAGGACGGCCAAGAAGUGGGCGGGACCCGAAUGGCCCGACGGGCGGAGCGGACGCCGUCAUGUGACCGCCCUCUCUGUCCCGACGGCGCCAUUAACCACGGUGCAAUGCUGUGCCGCCCGGAGGCCAACGGCCGGCAGGCCUGUGACCUCGUCUGUCACCGAGGUUACCAGAACUCACUUCCUGUCAGCAGCUUCCUGUGCCGGACAGAGAGCCGGCAGUGGGAUGGAGAUCACCGGCCGGUGGGCGGAGCCUGUCAGAUCCCUCAGCCCCUCCAGUCCGUCUCCUCCUCUCAGUUCUGGUCCUUGUCGUCGUCGUCCUGCUCUCAGAUCAGCAGUUUACAGUCUGCGUUGUUCAGCUCGAUGACCAGCAGGGGGCUCUGCUCCGCUCAGCUCCCGGUGUCGGGCCGCUUUGUGUCGUUGUGCGACGCCUCCUCGGUGCAACUGGCGUGUGGAGACAAGCUGACGUUGACCCUUACCUGGACCGCCCAACUAUCCGACUUCCCGAUCUCUGACCUCCCCGACCUCCAGGACAUCGGUGUGUUCCUGAAUGGUUCCAGACUCCUGGAAGGCGUCCGGGGGAUUCUGGGUAAUGUCGCGGCGGAGCCAGAGCUUGUUUCAGCCACCACGGCAAGCUUCGGCUGCGCCGUGGGUCACCGCCUGAUCGGCGCCGGCCAAGGAUGUGUUGUUUGUCCGGCUGGGACCUCCUCCAGGGAGGGGGCGUGUCUCCCCUGUCCUCAGGGGACCUAUCAGGACGCAGAGGGGCGGGACGUCUGCCACAGGUGCCCCAGAGGCUCCUCCCCUUCCGGAGCGUCGUCUGUCAGUCAGUGUGUGACCGAGUGUCAGAGGCAGGGCCUGCGGUGUUCGGAGCGAGGCGACUUCCUGUCAGCUCAGCCCGACUUCCUCUCCGGCAGGUGGAGGUGUGUCGACAGCAAAGGGGCGGAGCUUGAGUGGACCAACAGCGACAAACCUCUGACUGAUGACGAGUGCUCAGUUCUCAGCAGCUUUCAGGCUGUUCCGGGCUCAGAUCUCAUUGUGGGAGCUGAGGACACUGAAGUCCUGCAGAAUACGACCUCUGACCUCACUUCCUGUGUCCAUGCUUGUGCAGUGGAGCCAUCCUGCCACCAUGUGGCGCUGUUCAACAGACAGACUCAGUGUGAACUCUACAGCACGCACACACUGAACACACACUGCAACACCUCGGAGCAGACCAAAGGCUUUCUGGGUAAUCCUCAGGCCGAGCUCUUUGAUUGGCUGAGCUGCUCUCUGAGAGUGAGGGGCGGGGCUUCAGAUCUACUGGUCAUCAGGAAGAAAGGUGUUAGGAUGAGGAUGAGGAAGGCGGUGUCCAGUGUGUUCAGGACUCAGGUGUUCUCCUCCAGGAGGACCUCUCUCUCCGACGCUCAUCGUUUCUGUCAGGACGGCUGCAGCCGUGACACCUGCUGUGAGGGCUUCCUCCUGAACCAGAACCGCCUGGAGGGGGGGUCUCUGUUCUGUGGUUGGCUGAGAGCUCCGUCUAUCUUAAUGUGCGGGGACCAGGACUGGGAUGUGAUUGGAGAGGCAACGGCCAAUCGUAUCUGUGGAACGGGGAUUACCUACAACGAGCAGCAAGGGAGUUUUCUGUUUGAAUUCGGGGAUCAAAAGUUCAACAUCACGGACGCUCUGCCGACCCACAGUGAGACCCAGAAGGACUACCAGGCCUCCAUUGUCAGCUUCCAGGCCGUCUACCUGAACUCUGAUGCUGAUUCAGCAGGUGGUGGUUCUGGUUCAUCUUCCUGUGCAGCACCAGAACUCAGUCCUUCUCUAGAAGUGUCGGUCUUGAGCAGGUUCCAGUCCCUCUCUCUUGAAGACGUGCUCGUGGACCCUCAGAGGAACCUCCCGUCUCUCUCCUUCUGGCUCAAUAGGAGGAACUACAACUCCCAGCAGGCACUGCUCUGGUGUCUUACACGCUGUGAUGAAGAGCACCGCUGCUCUGUCUCUGACCUCGGAGACUCCGCCUCUGCAGGUUUCUUCCUCUGCUCGUUGUUCUCAGACAAUAGAGUCUGUGGAGCGUACGACACGCUGAGGACACAGUGCCGCCCCCUGGUGGCCAAAGCACCCAACAGCACGUACAUCAAGAAGGUGAGUCUAACUGGUCCAGUGAAGAGUUUCUAUGAGAGGAUUUCCUUCCAGAAGAUGGUUUCCUACUCCGUACGCAGCCGAGUCCUUUUGAGAGGAGACCAACCUCUGACAGAAGGCUUCAUGCAGUGUGAGCGGCGGUGUGAUGAGGAUUCUUGUUGCCGUGGCUUCGGCUUCGUCCGUGACACCAAAUCACCAGGGGGCUCCAGCGUGGUGUGUGUAUCUCUACUGAGUCUGGGGGUCCAGACCUGCAGUGAGGACCAGCAGACCUCCUGGAGGACUCAGGACUGCAGCAGGUCUGCAGUGGAGACCAGACCGGACCCCCUGGGCUGGUACCAGAAACCUGUGAAUCAGUGGACGUCGUCUCUCUGUCCUUCAUUCAGCCUGCAGACCAACAACGUGUCUCUGGACCGAUGGCGUCUCCUCUCUGACUCCUCGGUGCUCGUCGACCCGUCCGUCUCCACAUAUGAUGUCAUCCAUGUGAGCCGUGACGUCGCCGGGGACGCGCCCCGUGACUGGUGUCUCCAUGCCUGUGAGGAGGCGGAGUCUUCUUGCGUCGCCGUGUCGUUCAGUGAGACGCCGUCUGCCACCCGCUGCGUCCUCUACCCAGACACCACGGCUUGUGGGUUAAGCUCCGCCCCCGGCUCGCCAAGCCCUGCAUCCUCUUGCAGACUGGUCAUCAGAGAGCCUGCCCUCCAGGUGUACCUCAGAACAGAGCGGUUGUCGCCGGUUACAUCCGUCUCCAUCCCGGGUCAUGGGACCCUGCAUGGCGCUAUCGUAGAAACGGCCCUAGGAUCAGACAGGAAGUCUGUCGUCCACUUCCUGGGCGUCCCGUACGCUCGUCCACCAAUAGGAUCGCUUCGCUUUGAAGCAGCUCAGCCGACCGAUUGGAUGGGAACCUGGGAUGCCACCAAACCACGUCCCAGUUGUCUUCAGCCUGGUGAUGAAGAUUCUUCAGCCUCCAGUGAAAACUGUCUCUACCUCAACAUCUUCACUCCGGCUGCUCUGAGGGGUCGUGUCCCAGUCCUGGUUUUCUUCUUCAACCCCUCGUCCAAUCAGAAGCCAGGCCUGCUGGAUGGCUCCUUUCUCUCGGCUAUUGGUAACAUCGUGGUGGUGACGGCCAGCUACAGGACAGCCGCUCUGGGCUUCCUGAGCAUGGGUACUGCAGGUGGGUCCGGUCUCCGUGGUGACUACGGGCUUUCGGACCAGGAGGCGGUCCUCCGCUGGGUUCACGCCCACAUCUCUCUGGUGGGCGGAGACAACGGGGCGGUAACGGUCGGCUCGGAGCGAGGAGGCGCUGACAUCACCAGCCUUCACCUCCUCUCCUCCUCGUUCUCUCCUCUCUUCCAUCGCAUGAUGCUGAUGGGCGGCUCCCUGUUCUCUCCUUCUCUGGUCCCUCCUCCUUCCUCCCCCAGACUCCAGGCGGUCGCUCUGGCCCAAGAGCUCGGCUGCACGACCUCUGACCUCGACGACGACGACAAAAUGGCCGUCUGCCUCCGAGCGGCGCCGGCGUCAAUGUUGAACGCCGCGCAGACCAAAUUGUUGGCGGUCAGCGGGCCGUUCCGGUCCUGGUCUCCGGUCCGGUCCUGGUCUCUGGUCCGGUCCCGCAGAGUCGACCUGCUAUUGGGGACGUCUGAGCACGACGGUCUGAUUGGCCGAGCGCACAGGAUAAAGGACUUUGAGGCCCUUCGUGGUCGAGCCGACGGCAAGACGGCGUUCUACGAGGCUCUGAGUCGCUCGCUGGGUGGCGUCAGAGGAAGUGACCUCCUGAAGGAUGCGGCGGCCUGGUUCUACUCUCUGGACCACGGCCCCUCCCCCUCUGGGUACAACCAGUUCUCCAGAGCACUCAACAACGCCACCAGAGAUCUGUUCAUAGUCUGUCCCAGCCUGCAGAUGGCUAGCCACUGGGCUAACGGUAACGCUAACGUCUUCCUGUAUCACCAACCUGCCUCCAGCUCUUACGACAGGGCCGAUGUGUCUGUUCCUCUGGACGUUCAGUUUGUGUUCGGGACGCCUCAUCGUCCAAUGAGCUUGCAGCGUUUCACUUCCUCUGACCGACGCCUUUCAUUGGCCGCGAUGACCUACGUCUCCAGCUUCAUCAGAACCGGAAACCCAAACCCGUCCCGUGUGUGGGCGGAGUCAGUUCUGCCCCGCUGGCAGCAGGUCCUGUCCUCUGAGGCCACGCCCACUUACAUGGAGCUAAACCCCGCCCUCCAACUUCGUCGGGGUCUAAGUCAGAGCUCCUGUUCCUUCUGGAGCCAACUGGGAACCAGACUGACCAAUCAGAGCGGUGUGUUGGGGGCGGAGCCUAUCCAGUUUACCCCUGAGCUCCUGCUGGCUGCACCAUCCAACCAAUCAAAGACUGAGAAAGACACCUACCAAUAA